CAGAGGUAGCGCCAGAGGCAGAGAAGAAGGGCCGCAAGGUUUGUGUGUAGCAGUGUUUCUCUGUGAUGUAGCGGCUUCUCUUCUUUUAAUUUGACGGGUUUUAUUAAACACCGACGCUGGUGUUUAGUGUGUUUGUGAUAUUCUUUAAAAGAAGUGGAUCAGACUGUGAGGAUCAGACCGCAUCGAUGGCGUCAUUGGCAAACAGCGGCUCCUCGACUGAGUACACGGUCCGAGUCCCAAAGAACACGAGUAAGAGGUACAGCAUCAUGGCUUUUAAUGCUGGAGACAAAGUGAACUGUUCCACAUGGACUCAGGCGCGGAUGGAGCGUGAUCUGAGUAACCGGAGGAUGUACGGUGAGGAGGAGACGCCGGACGGAGCUGCCGGCAGUGAGUUUGGUAAAAAACAGAGGGAGGAGGCGCGCAGGAAGAAGUUUGGGAUUGUAACCCGUGAGUUUAAGGUGGAAGACCAGCCGUGGAUCCUCAAAGUGAAUGGGAAAGCAGGGAGAAGGUUUAAGGGGCAGAAGAAAGGAGGAGUGACUGAGAAUGCCUCCUACUAUAUCUUCACGCAGUGCGCUGACGGAGCGUUCGAGGCAUUUCCUGUUCACGCCUGGUACAACUUCACCCCGGUGGCUAAACACCGCACGCUCACUGCCGAGGAGGCCGAGGAGGAAUGGGGCAGGAGGAAUAAAGUGGUGAAUCACUUCAGCAUCAUGCUGCAGCGGCGACUGAAGGAGCAGGAACAUGGCGAGGAAGAGGACGAGGAGGGAGAAAAAGGAGCGAAGAAAAAGAAGAAGAAGAAGAAGAAAGGUGGCCAGGGAGGAGACCUGCGUAUUCAUGAUUUAGACUAUGAUCUGGAGUUGAGCAGUGACAACAGUGAGAGCAGUGCAGGAGAAGAUGGAGAAGGUAAGAAGAGUAAGAAGGAGACCAACGCUAAGGCUAAGGGGAAAAAGAAAAAGAAGAAGAAGGGCAGUGAUGUGGAAGGACAUGAGGACAGCGAUGAUGGAGACUUUGAAGGUCUGGAAGUGGACUACAUGUCUGAUGAGAGCAGUUCUGAGGAAGAGGAGCCAGAGAAAGUCAAGCCUAAUAAAGGAGAGGACAUGCCUAAAGGAAUUGACGAAGCAGAGAGUGAGAGUGAAGAAAGCGAGGAGGAGAACAAGAACGAGGAAGAGGCCAAAGAGGAGGAGGAGGAGGAAGAUGGCAAGAAGACACCUGUACAGGCGGAGAAGAAGAAGAAGAAAGACAGCAGCAGCGAGUCAGACAGCUCUGAGGACAGUGACAUUGAGGGAGAGACAGCGUCUGCGCUGUUCAUGGCGAAGAAGCGUACUCCUCCCAAACGAGGUGGUCGAGGUUCUGCUGGAAGUUCUAGAGCAGGAAGUCGACCCGGAACGCCCUCCAUCGAUCACGCUGCCACCUCCAACACACUGCGUGCUGCCGCUACCAAACUGGAACAGGGUAAGCGUCAGGCGGCAACGUCCAGCUCGGACACUCCUGCUGCCAAGCGGCUGAAGAUGGAGCCGACAUCUCAGAGCCCGUCGGGGAAGAGCACUCCACAACCAGUAUCCGGGAAAUCCACACCAAGCUCCAGCUCCAGUGACGUGCAGCUGACUGAGGACGCCGUGCGCCGGUAUCUGAUCAGGAAGCCCAUGACCACUAAAGACCUGCUGAAGAAAUUCCAGACCAAACGCACCGGACUGAGCAGCGAGCAGACAGUCAACGUCCUCGCACAGAUCCUCAAGAAGCUCAACCCAGAGAGGAAAAACAUCAACGACAAGAUGCACUUCUACCUCACUGAGUAAACACACACAGUGUUUUGGGGGGGCGAUAAAAGCUGUUGCAGGAGGCGGGGCCAAGCACAGACUCAUCACAACCACUUGUGGUGUGAUUGGGUAGGUGAGUGGGUGGGCGGGGCAACAUGAUGGAAUUGUGAAACAUGCAUGAGACUUUUUACACUUUUUUUUUUUUUUUUUUAGUUUCCACAGAUACACUGCUUAAUAAAAUAGUGUAAUAAUUCUAACAGAAAGGAUGCAGUUUGGAGUAAAGAACUGAAAAUAUUUAAUAAAAGUUUGUGUUUUUCCA